AUGUGGUACACAGCAAAUCAUUGUUCAUCUGUAAUUUACAUUUCUGGUGUUUUUUCUUCACAGUUCUAUAGUGGGAACAAGGCUCCUCUCAUACUCCACAAGCUACUUCACCUUAUAUGGACACAUGCUAGGCAUUUGGCUGGCUAUGAGCAGCAAGAUGCACACGAAUUUUUCAUUGCAGCUCUAGAUGUAUUGCAUCGACACUGCCAGGGCAAUCCACCAUCAAAUGGAGAUUCCACACAUACGUGUUCCUGUAUAAUAGACCAAAUUUUUACUGGUGGGCUCCAGUCAGAUGUAGUUUGUCAGUCAUGCAAUGGGGUUUCCACAACAAUAGAUCCUUUCUGGGAUAUCUCACUAGACCUUGGUCCAUGCCCAUAUGGUACCAGUAAAGCUGACAAAAGUGUUCCAACUUCAUUAACAGACUGUUUAGAGCGGUUUACACGUCCGGAACACUUAGGUAGUAGCGCAAAAAUUAAAUGUAGUGGCUGUGAAAGUUAUCAAGAAUCUACAAAACAACUUACAAUGAAGAAGCUCCCAAUUGUUUGUAGUUUUCAUCUUAAGAGGUUUGAACAUAGCAACAGAUUACAUAAGAAGAUAUCUACGUUCAUAUCAUUUCCUGAACAUUUGGAUAUGACUCCAUUCAUGUCCAACCGAAGAAAUAAUAAUAACAACCAUAAUGGCGUAUCAGCUCAUCCAACUGAUAUAAAUAAUAGAUAUUCCUUAUUUGCUGUGGUAAAUCAUGUUGGGAGCUUAGAUGCUGGUCAUUAUACAGCAUUUGUACGACAACAUCGUGAUCAGUGGUACAAAUGUGACGACCAUAUGAUCACACGUGCCACCAUCCAGGACGUGCUACAGAGUGAAGGGUACCUCCUUUUUUACCAUAAACAGAUUUUAGAAUAUGAUUGAAAACAAUUUUGUCAUGAACUUGGAUAUUAACCUGUAGCAUUGGUAGUGUCAAGGCUGCAUAUCUUAUUUCUGGUUUUGACCAAAUUAUAGGGAGUUGAGUUCAUGACAAAACACCUCCCCAGGUCAUCUGCAAGUUCCAUUACAUACUAUAAUGUCCAAAUUAUAAGAUAGUUCCUAAAAUUAUAUGUCAGUCAUAUCUGAUGAUGAUAUCUUAGCAGACUUGAACCACGGACAUUGAGAGAUAAUCUAACUUACCAUCAUCAUUUAUGAAUAAAGGCUAAAGCAAGUGCAGAUCCCCUUUUUUUCGAUUUUGCAGUUUUUUGUGUAUUUGCAGGAGAAGACCAAAGAUUCUAGCUUUGCAUAUUAUCAGGGUGUCACAAUAUGCGUUUGUGUAUUUAACUGAGGUUAUAUUCUAGAUUGCAGUGCUAUCAUCAAUAUCUGUUAAUUAUAGUCUUCCAUAACAUGAAGAGAAACUAAAGAGAGAGAUCUAAUCUAGUCCUCAGUAAGUAAAUCUGGAAGUGAGAUGGUAGAAGGAAGUGUAAACAUCAUCAAAGAAAUUAAUUAUGAAAAUGUGUCCUGUUUCUUUUACAAUUAUAUAUUGCGGUAGUAAGAAAAUGAAAAACGCAAAGGUUAGAUAAAUACUUGUGGUCAUUUUGCAAUAACUAUUAAUGCUUGUGUUAGGUAGUGACAGUCCAGUAAUUCAAGGUGGCUUAUGGUAGACUAAUGUACACAGCAAUUAAGCUUGUACAGUCAAACUUGCUCUCUAGCUUGAAUGGUAAAAUUAGACGGUGGAAGGUCAUGCCUCAUUUUUUAAUUUUUUUUAUUUUGGAGAUGAGGUAAAGUAGUAUUUAUUUUUGAAGAAAUACACAUGCAGUAGACUGGGAGUCACAAUAGUUUAUUGGCAGAAUUUCCAGUGGAGAAUUUAUAUUAUUAUGUACAACCAAUUGUUUAGUAAAGCGUUUAUAACAGGGAGUUAAUUUAGACAUUUCAUCUGGUACUUUUGGUUUUGCUAGAUUGUGAAAUGAAUAUUUUUUAUACUUUAAAACAGUAUUAUGGGCAUUUCAUGUACUUUAUUUUCCAUGUCCAUGUCUGAAAUGUAUUCUGAAUGUUGUGUUGAAGAACUACUUAAAUCUGCAGGUAUUUAAGCCAAAGUGUGAAAAAAUUAAGAGAGUGCCUCAUGGAUUACAACAAGGUGCUCUAAAGACAGCCAUCCUUGUUGCAUAUGUAACAUAUGUAGGGUGUGUACAUUGUCCUCCCUCCCCUUGCUGAGGCUAUAAAAAAAAACUGUCCACAUUCAUACAAAUGUUUUCUUGUGUGUAAAUGUUGUAAGGCAUAUUUGAUGUAUUUAUGUUACCAGUGACAUGGAUUAUUCAUGAAGAUAUGUAAGUGUGUGAGGUAACAAAAAGUCAACAACAUUACAGAUACUUAAAUAUCAGCCAUAUCUUGUAUUUUGAUUCUGCUGAUGCAUGGAUUCGGAAAUUUGGUUUUGGAGCCCAUUCAGCAACCUAGUGUGCAAUCCUCAAUAAUUAUAAGCAGGCUUUUGUACUUUUUUUGUAUUACCCAUGAUUAAAUAGUUUUUGUUCUAAAUAUCUUUUGCACAGGACAGGUUAUAUACUGUUAGGUGCUGUGCCACACACUAUUGUAUUUUAAAGUGAGGUAAUCAAAUAUAUUAUUAUUCUGUGCUCUGAGAAUGUAAGGAUGAGUAUCCAGUCACUUGAAGUAAUAUUUCCUUAUCUCCAAAACUUAAUUGCCAUUUUUAUUUUAAGUUUGGUAUAUGAGAGUAGUAUAUCAUUGUCAUAUAUUGUUUUGUAUACAAACAUCUUAUUGCAGGUCUGUGGAUAUGGAUGGUACCAAACAAAUUGUUUAAAAAAAAAAAAAAAAAAAAACAAAAAAAAAAAAAAAAUCAAUUUGGCAGUAGUGUGUGUUGGGCUUUUGUAUGGGUAGUUUGAAUGAGGUAAUUUUGGAAUCACUAGAUAAUAGUCAUGUUGCAAGUUGAAGAUCGCGUGCAGGUAUAUUGUAAUGAGUGUUUGACUAUUCUUUGUGGAAAUAGCUGAAAUAUGUAAGUUCAUGUGGAUGAAUUUUAUAAAAUUUGUUACUUGACAAUAUCUUUCUGUAUAAAUAGUGUUUUAGAUUGUUUGUCAAAGUGGGGGGGAAUGUGGACCACAUCACAUGUAGGCAAAAGUACUUUUUGUAUGAAAACAUUGAGUAAAUGCACUGUAAUUUUGUGUUGCAGUGUGAAUCUGAGAAAAUGAAUAGUAAGCUGAAUGUAAUUUGUGAAUUAUAUAGUAAAAAAAAAAAGGGGGGGGGGAUCUAAUAAGACUUGGUUAACAAUCUCAUAUUUAUUUUACACAAGCAAACAACCAAUACUUGAAUAAUUUCACAACCUGUGAUGUAAUUCAUUAUUCAUGGAGGAAUUGAAUUGUAUUAGGGGUCAUUAAAGGAGGCAAAGCAACAAAUUUAAUUUACAUGCAUUGUAAAACUUUGUGCUUAAUGCAGCUACCCUCACUGGCUUUGGUUUACUAGGAAGCUACAUAUGAUUCCAUGUAAGUUACCAUUUACUUUUGAAUAUAAUCCUGUUAAGAGAUGUUACUUGUGCAUGUCAUAUUGAAUGUCUCUAAGUGUGUUAUGAUGCUUUUAUUUAUUAGGGAUUUGUUACCUGAUAUACACUGGUAUCAACCUUUGUGGAGGUUGAUACCAGAGGUUUUUAUAUUGCUGUAUCAAUAUUCCUGGAAUUUAGCUUAAGAACAUCUGAUAGAGGAAGCCCCCAAACCCAAUUCCAGAAUCUAUAUUUUUAUGACAACAUUUUGCUGGGAUUUCUGCUCGUUAAGUACCAUGCUUCUAAAAGACCUCUAGCUAGAUAUAUGCCUAAGGGUAAGCUGUAUUUUAACUAAUGUUAAACAAUGUUGUCUCUUUUAAAUAUAAAACAUUGUUUGCAAAUUGUACUACAUUAGCGAGUUCUUUUUGGUGACGUAACAAAAUUUAUUAUUAUUGCUCAAAAUAUUUUGUAGCCCUAUCCUAAUAUGCACUUGCUAUUGUUAGUGUCAGUACAGACUUCCAUUUCAAAAGAAUCAUAUCAGUAUAAAAAAAUGUAAAAUACUAUAGUAAAACAGUUAUUUGAAAAGUGAUUGGGGGUAAUAUUAACAAUGUUGUUUACACAAAAGCUAAAAGUUGAAAGGUAAAAGGUUAGGUUGAUUGGAUGUAAUUUUAAUGAUUGAUUGUGUAUGUAAUGAGUGUGAAAACUCUGCUAUGGUUGUGAGUAAGGAGCAUGUAUGCAGCCUUAGCUUGUACUACCACCACAUGACCAGCCACUAUCUGUGAUACAAGGCGGGAUGCCGCACCAUGCCCAGGCUUAAUGUCAUGGCUCAGUCUCAAUAAAUUUAAGUCACAGUC